AAUCAUGAGAUCACUCACUCUGUCAAGCGUCAGACAUGGAGCUGCUGUUUUGGAUUUCUCUCGUCCUCACCAACCUGCCAGUAACAGAGAGUAUGCGAAAAGUAAAUGACUGCUUAAGACAGCCACAGAAGGAGAUCUUGAAGGAACGAGGACAAGUCGUUGUUUUGCCUUGUAAUGGCAGUUCAGAGUGCUUAGCCAUUGGCGUGCGUUAUGAGUGGUUUCUUUUCAAAGAGCACUCACAUGUUCGCCUCAACCUGCGGGAUAAUCCUCUCAAAUACACAUUGAAUGGAGCAUCUUUACGCAUCAAGUCACUUCAGAAAAAUGACAGUGGAAUCUACCACUGUGCUGCAGUGUGUUCUGAACUCACUGCGGAGAGUGGCACACAGCAUGUUGGGCCGGGUACAGUUCUCACAGUGACAGGAAAUGUUAAAACAGUGGCAAGCAACAUUCUUCUAUGGUCAUCAUUUGUCCUGUUGGUCAUCUACAGCAUAGCAAUUGUGACACUCAUCAUUUUAAAAAAGCACGGCCGCAAGAACUACUCAACUAAAACAACAAAGUUCCAUGAUGUGCUGCAAGAAAUGAACAGCAGAAGGAACUUGGAAAAGGGCCAGAGCAGUCUCCAAGUUGAGGCUGCAAAUGCCAAAUUCAACAGGUCAGCUGAUGACAUCUAUCAAAACGUCUAACUGAUGGUCAAAGACAUUAAUUGGCAGCCAGACCUUUGUCUUCUCAACUGGGGGAAAUGCAAGUCAUGAAACACCAGGACACUCGCGUGACUGAGGAAAUUGACACAUCAGCAGAGGUUGCUCACAGUUUCUCAUAAAAUGAGACAUUCCACACGGUUUCAGCGUUUGUCUACAUUCUGUGGAUUCUAAAAUAACUCUGCACAGGAGCAGACAGAGGUCGCAGUCCAUGUCCUGGAGGAUUCAAUCUGAUUUUUAACAAUAGCAUUUUCUGUCAGGAUUGUAAAACUAUGCACCAUUUUCUCAACAAAUAAGGAAAUAAACAUGGGGGUAGAUUCAGA